CGUACCUGUCUGCCUGUCUGUCUGUCCCGUGGAUCUCGUCUCCCCAAGGCAGACAGCCAUUUUUGCGUCCUUGACAUGUCAUGACAUGACAUGCCAUGACAGGACAUGACAUAUGCCAGCCAGCCAGCCAGCCAGCUAGCCCUCGCUACCUUGGGGAGAGCAGCAAACCCGUCAACCAAUCUACUGGGCUCUCUUUGGUGAGUCGGGACGUAGGACCUGCGUUGGAAGCGAUAACAGGAGUCCUUGUCAAGAUAAACGUCCUACAACAACAACAGUUGUUCUUGCCUCAGCUGCCCGUCCUCGUGGUUGUGGAAGCCAAGGUCAAGAUACGGUUCGAUUUGGCAAAUAAUCCAUUUAUUCUAGAAAAGACAAGACCCAACAAAACGGCCUGUCAGAUUGCGUCGGUUUCAGAACGUUUAAGCCAGGCAGGGGCGCGCAUCCAUUCGCGUGGUUUAUCUACGGUGGUGGUGCCUGAGAGAAAGCGUGGAUGCGCGUGGAUGUGCGUGGAUGUGUAUGAGUGUCGUUGUGAUUAUGGAAAGUUGGAAGAUAGGAGUGCUCGGCUGCAACGCACUGGUGGUGGUGGUGGUGGUAUUCAAAACAAGCAGUAA